AAAAAAAAUAAAAAAUUAUUAUUGAAAUGCCUUCAACUUGUAAAUUUAUUUUAAACAAACCAAAUGCUGUAUACUAUAGUGGUGAAACUAUAAGUGGCCAAGCCAUUGUUAAUAUAUCUUUUGUACAAGAUGUAAGAAACGUGCGUAUUUUUGUAUUGGGUGAGGCCAAAAUCAAGUGGUGCGAACAUGCUGGUCGUCAUACUACAUAUUAUAAAUCGCAUGAAACUUAUAUUGACAACGGCACUAAUUUGCGUAUUGAGAAUGUUCUACAACCGGGCACAUACACCUAUACUUUCGACAUAACAUUGCCACCAUUAUGUCCCACUUCCUGUGAAUGUAAAUACGGCUAUAUACGCUAUGUACUGUCGCUGAAACUGAAAGGUCCCUUUGGUCUAGAUAAUUUUGUAUUUAAAAAACCAUUAACGGUUUUGCAGAAAGUUGAUUUAAAUUUACAUCGUGAUUCUAAGCUAAACAUUUCUGUGGAUGACUCCUAUACACCUUACACGAGUGGCAAAAUUUUCUACAACGUCCAAAUUCCCUUCGGUGCCUAUGCACCUGGCCAAACAGUCAAAUACACAUACCACAUAAAUAAUCAAUCGAUGACUGAUGUAGACGGCUACACUUUAGAAUUCUCACAAAAAUUCCUAUGCAUUGCCAAAUCAACGGAUUUGCUGUUGCCGAAGAAAAAAGAAUUCACCGAUGAAAAUAUUAUUUUGCGUAUAACGUUCAUUGAACCGUGCAAACAUUUGUCUAGUCGCUUGUGGAAGGGACAAUUUAUUAUACCUUCGGUGCCACCAAGUGAAGUUAAUUGUAAUUUCAUACGUGUUGAAUAUCUAAUGAAGGUGAUAGCUCAUGUCAGUGGUCACAAGGAUUUCCCCAUUUGCAUACCGAUUGUUAUUGGCACUAUACCACUGCAGGAGAGUUUGGUCAGGCAGCAGCAGCGACCAGCGACUUUGACACAGGAACGUGUGAUGGCACUGAAGUCCAACAGUAGUAGUACAGCAGAUUUAGCAAGUUCAUCUUCGGCCACAUCUUCAGCGAUACCAACAGGUGAUAUUAUAAAUAAACGUCCUAAGUCUCCUAGUAGAUCCUUGAAGACUCAAAGUAGUUUGACACCAUCCGCUUCGGAAAUUUCAAUAUCAUCGUGUGAUAGUCUGCAGGAGUUUUAUGAAAAUGAUCAACCCUCAUUUGAGGAGAGCGUACGCAGUGGUUCACCAUUUAUUGAUAAUGAUGCCGAUGAAAAUCAUCGUAUCGACGAUUUUAGACCAUUGUAUCCCAUUUACAAGCAAACUAUAGUUUAAAGUCAAUUACAUUUAUGGGAUGGCUGGAUAAAUUCACUAAUGAAAUGAAAAUUAUUACA